UUUACAUCUAUAUAUAUCAACACAUACACAUCAAAACAACAACAAAAACCUAAAAAAAUAACAUACUUUAAUUUGCUAAUAUUAUGGGAACCGUAUACCAAGCUCCUCCACAUUUACCUCAACACCUUAAAGUCACCAUCCAAGAUUCAUGUUUAAUUUAUUCACCCCAAGAAAAUGAACAAAAAAACAUGUUUUUAUCCAACAUUGAUCAAGUCCUUAACUUUGAUGUUCAAACCAUACAUUUCUUUAAUCCAAACCCUGAAUUCCCUCCAAAAAUUGUGUUCGAAAAGCUUAAGAACGCGUUACAAAAGUUGCUAGUGCCAUAUUAUUUCUUACCGGGAAGGAUUAAGGUUAAUACCGAGACCGGUCGAAUUGAGGUUGAUUGCAAAAAUGCAGGGAUUGGGUUUGUGGUAGCUAGUUGUGAGUAUACUUUGGAUGAACUUGGUGAUUUGGUUUACCCUAAUCCAGCAUUUGAGGAACUUUUAACCAAGGAACUUGAUGCUACCUUGGGAGUGGAAGGUCACCCUCUUUGUAUUGUUCAGGUACGUUACGUUACGUACUUUCUUUUGUAAAUAUCGUAUGACCUAUUGUUAUGUACUUUUUUUUGUUACGUUUGAUGAUUUUUUUUUUUAUUUUUUUUUAUUUAAAUAUUAUUUUAGAAGUUGAAUGAAAUGUGAAUUAACGCUUGUUUUUAUUGGUAGAUAUAUACUAUAUGUACGUUGACUUGAUUUUUUUUUUUUAAAUUUAGAUUAGGUUUGAGAUAAUUACAUUUUAAAAAUAUAAUUAGCUAAGAAAGUUUGGUCUUAAGUGAUAGAUCUAGUCUCUACUAAUCCUUAAAACUUCAUGUCCAAAUAAAAGCAUGAUGAGCUAGAUAGUAGUUAGUGAGUAUUUUGAAGUAAGUCAUAACUCAUAAGUAUAUAAUGAAAUACAGUGCUAGUUGACCGAGAUUAAAUAUCAAAUCUAUUUAACAACGUUCCUUUUUUUUUUUU